GUUGAGAUGCAUGAAUCCAACCGAGUGAUGCGACAGUUCGGGUGUAUGCAACGUAUUCCGUCAUCACCCCAAAAGCUCGAUGACCUGCACAAUAUCGACUUGCGGGGGAGACUCGAGGAAGAUUGGCCAACAUUCCACCAAAAGUAUAUCGAGAUUUGGCAGCGUAGGUAUGAUUACUUGCCAUCACGUGAACCAUUUCUCACACCAGAGUUGGCAACAUCUCCAGAUUACAUGGAUUGGUUCAGGCAUAACGGCAAGCCGUAUCUACUGUCGGCUUUAGAAAGGAGUAGGCAACGUCGCCGUAGGAGGCAAAGACGAGGGCCCAUCAAUCCUAGGUCAGGAGAACAUGUCGCGGGGAGAACAACAUCUGCUCCAGCUCCACACGAGGACUCGAUUGUCGUGCAACCACCCGUCGGCCUAUGCGACACCAUAUAAUUAUCCUCUGAUAGUGUCACAAAUACCCUCAACAACGUUUUUCUACCAAGGUGGGUCAUCCUCGCAACUGCCGACACAUAUAAGAGGGGAUGUACGAUGGGCAACUAGGACCCAGACGCAAUCAAGCACGAAGGAAGGAGAUGAAGUUGGCGAUCAACAUAGAUGUGCACGUGAAGAUGAAGACGAGGACGAUGAGGAGCCACCAACCUAAACAAUGCGAAGAAACCCUAGGCAUGCCCGACACCUACCUAAUUGUGGCACACAUUCAGGACAUCGAUAAUUAUGUUAUUUGUAAUUUUUUCCAAAUUAAUUUCAAUUCCAAUUUUAAAUCUAGAAAAA